AGGAUCGUGAAAGAGAGAAAAUAAGGAGAAAGAUGGUAGGAAGCAAAGAAAAAUCGAAAGAGAAACGAGAUAAGAGACUCCAAGAGAUCUCCCUCCUUCGUACUAUUCCUUACUCUGAUCACCAGAGGUGGUGGACCUCUGAAACCGUGGCGGUGGUAACAGGUGCAAAUAGAGGGAUAGGAUUUGAAAUGGUGAGACAACUGGCUGGACAUGGAUUAACAGUUAUUCUAACAUCAAGAGACGAGAAUGUAGGCGUGGAAGCCGCCAAGAUCCUUCAAGAAGGUGGAUUCAAUGUUGAUUUCCACCGCCUCGAUAUCUUGGACUCUUCCUCAAUUCAAGAGUUUUGCAAAUGGAUUAAAGAAAAAUAUGGAUUGAUUGAUGUUUUAAUAAAUAAUGCAGGAGUAAACUACAAUGUUGGAUCAGAUAACUCCGUUGAGUUCUCGCAUAUGGUUAUAUCUACCAACUACUAUGGUACCAAGAACAUAAUCAAAGCCAUGAUUCCAUUGAUGAGACAUGCUUGUCAAGGAGCUCGUAUUGUCAAUGUCACUUCAAGGCUCGGUAGAUUAAAAGGCCGACACAGUAAACUUGAGAAUGAAGCCGUGAGAGCGAAGCUUAUGGAUGUGGACUCUCUAACAGAAGAAAUCGUUGACAAAACAGUCUCAGAGUUUUUGAAACAAGUGGAAGAAGGAACAUGGGAAUCUGGAGGUUGGCCACAUUCUUUCACAGACUACUCUGUCUCGAAAAUGGCGGUGAACGCAUACACAAGAGUACUAGCUAGAGAACUAUCUGAGAGACCAGAGGGAGAGAAGAUAUAUGCAAACUGCUUUUGUCCCGGUUGGGUUAAAACCGCAAUGACAGGUUAUGCAGGGAACAUCUCAGCAGAAGAUGGAGCUGACACUGGAGUUUGGCUUGCAUUGCUUCCUGAUCAAGCUAUCACUGGAAAGUUCUUUGCUGAGAGACAGUCGGGUUCGGAUCCGGAAUCGAGCUCAAACGGUUGGAGCCGUGCUCGUGGUCUAGUGGUCAAGACUCUGGUUUUAAUUGGCGGUGCUCUUCUCAUAAAGCGUCUCACUAAAUCCACCACUCGUAGAGAUCACGCUCGUGUCGUCUCUCGUUCUCUCACCGGAGAGAAGUUUACAAGGGAGCAAGCGUCAAGAGAUCCUGAGAAUUACUUCAACAUAAGAAUGCUGAGUUGUCCUGCUGCUGAAAUGGUGGAUGGUUCAGAGGUUUUGUAUCUCGAACAGGCAUUUUGGAGGACUCCUCAGAAACCGUUUCGACAAAGAUUAUAUAUGGUGAAACCAUGUCCAAAAGAGCUAAAAUGUGAUGUCGAGGUAAGUUCAUAUGCAAUCAGAGAUGCUGAGGAAUACAAAAACUUUUGUGACCGCCCUAAGGACCAACGCCCACUUCCUGAAGAAGUUAUUGGUGAUAUUGGGGAGCAUUUGACAACUAUACACCUCAAUUGUUGUGACCGUGGGAAACGAUGCUUGUACGAAGGCUCAACUUCACCUGGUGGAUUUCCAAAUUCAUGGAACGGGGCUAGCUAUUGUACUUCAGAUCUUGCAGUUCUGAAAAACAAUGAGAUACACCUCUGGGAUCGCGGCUUUGAUGAGAAUCGAAACCAGGUUUGGGGACCAAAGGAAGGUCCGUACGAGUUCAAGCCAGCGACAUCAUCAAGCAUCAACGAAAACUUGUCUGCUUUGAACAUCCUUUAUCAAUCUUCAAUUGAUAAACCAAUCCAAGGGUCCCUUAUCUUGCAAGACUAGCCAAUGUUAACCCCUUUUCUGUUGUCUAAUCUCCUCUGUACCACACUUAGCCUCUUUAUUCAUCUCAUCUCAGCCACUUUCAGUAUAGU